AUGAAGGCAACUCUACUUCGUCCACGUUGUACUCCUCUGUUUCUUGACGCUCAGAGCAACCAAAUCUCCUCAACCAGACACGCUUCCUUUGUUGUCUGUUCUUCAUCGAGGAGCCAGCCCUACAUCCCCAAGCUCGAACCUUUUAGCCGAACCAAGUUUGAAAGGGCCAUUAAAGACCCUCCUCUGAUCGAAAAAUCCGAGAAUGAGCUCUCAGAUUAUUGUUUAACGCUUGAAGGUGAAGAAUCCUACAGUUGCUGGCAGGCUUAUUUUGAGCUUAAAGAUCUUGAAAGAGAGUCCCCAAAAGCAGAUGUAGAGAGGUUGAUUCUGGAGACUGGUGGUGUGAAAUCCUUAAUAGGAUGUUUGCAUGGGAUUGCAAGCAUGCAGAAAGUAAAGAAAGAUGGCAUGGAGUUGAGGAAGAAUGUGAAACCAGAAGAAGGUGAGAGACUGUGUCCCAUCCCUGAUGGAUUACCAAAAUCUGACGAUGAACUGAGAGAAGAGGAGCAAGCAAGAAUGCCUGAUUCAUCAUACACUAAGCUUCUCAGAACCAUGGGGAGACACCCUGCAUGGUAUUCGCCUGCCCCUGACCAUGAGACAGAUUGA